GAAUGUGAGCUUGAUUUCUUCAACGUCCCGACCGCCUUCGAGUUUCCAAACACCUCACGAUUCCACUUUCCUGCCAACUCUCCGAACGGAACGGGAACUGGCUCCGCGCGCGUCUUCGCGCGCUCCCCGUCUCGUGGCCUUGAUCCGCGCACGCGCCCGCACUCCAGUAGUACUGUAGUUUCCUCCGCUGGAUACUGGGAGGGCUUUGGGACGGGUGGGAUCUACCAUGGAGCCGCACGCUUAGUUAGAUCCGGCGUUAUUUGGCGCGCGGCCCCGCCGAGUCUGAGUGCUGGGAACGUAGCGGAUGCGCGCGUCGCCCCCCGCAGUCGAGUGAGUGAGUGCGGACUGGAGGACGGCGAAGCGAGCGAGCGAGCGAGAAGAGAAGAAACACUACUACGCUCUCAUACACACACACUCGGGAAUGUGCGCCGCGCGGCUCAACUACAUCGCACCAUGGUGGACCUACUGGCUGCACAACUUCCCGCACACGAACCUGCGGCUGGAGCCCGUGGACAGCGCGUUCCGGCCGCAGGAGGAGGACUACCAGCAGUCACUUGUCUUCCUGGGCUGCGUAGCUGCAGCCGCCCUGGGGCUUAACCUGCUUUUCCUGGCCACCUACCUGAGCUGCCUGUGCUGCUGCCACAAGGAGGAUGAGGUGGAGGAGGAGAACAAGAGGUCCAACUCCUGCUGUGUGAGCUGGACUGCUGUCCUGGCUGCCUUGGUCAUCUGUUCUGCUGUAGGUGUGGGUUUCUACGGAAACAGUGAGAGCAAUGAUGGGAUGUACCAGAUGACAUAUUCCCUAUACAAUGCCAAUCACACCUUGAGUGGCAUUGAUCGACUGGUGACAGGCAUGACAGGCAGCAUGGAGGGCAGGCUGAAAGAGCAUCUGGCGCGCCUUGAUGAGAUCUUCGCUGCACGCGAUGACUUUGUGCAGACACUGCGCUUUAUGCAGCAGAUGGCCAACAACAUUAUCAUCCAGCUGAAGAGUUUCCCUGACCUGAGGAAGGCUAAUGUGGACCUGGCUGCCAUCGCAGACCAGACCACGACCUGGGAGUACUACAGGUGGCUCACUUACUUGCUGUUGCUGAUAGUAGACCUGGUCAUCUGCCUGGCAGCCUGCCUGGCACUGGCAAAGCAAUCUCGCUGGCUUCUCACCACCAUGAUGGUGUUUGGAGUCCUGGCUCUGGCGCUCAGCUGGGCGUCGCUAGGGGCGGACACGGCUGCAGCUGUGGGUACGAGCGACUUCUGUGUAGCCCCAGACAAGUUCCUUGUGAACCAGACCAAGGACAUCAUUGCAACUGAUGUUUCUCACUACUACCUGUACUGCAGCACGAACCUGUUGAACCCGUUCCAGAAGUCGCUGACCACCUUUCAGAGGUCCCUGACCACCAUGCAGAUCCAGACACAGGGCCUGCUGCAGAAAGCUGUGCUCCGCUUCCCCACCUCAGAGAGGGACCUGCUUGGAAUCCAGCAGAUCUUAAACUCCACUGAGUCUGGCCUACAUCAGCUAACCGCCCUGCUUGACUGCCGCAGUUUACACAAGGACUACUUGGAUGCACUGAAUGGCGUGUGUUACGAUGGUGUGGAGGGUCUACUCUACUUGUGCCUCUUCUCCCUGCUGGCGGCUGCUGCCUUCUGCGCCAUGUUGUGCGCCAUCCCCCACGCCUUAAAGCACAUUGCCAGCAGGGAACGGGCCUACGAUGACAUCGACGAGGCAGACCCGUUCAACCCACGGACGCGGCGGACAAUGGUCCGCAGUCCCAGCCAGAGCCAUGUGCACAGCUUCUGCAGUUAUAGCAGCCGGAGCAGCCAAGGCAGCCUUCAUGCAGCCCCCCCAGCCAUCUCCAAUGCCCCCGUCGCUGAGUACAUGAACCAGUCGAUGCUGUUCGGGGGUAACCCCCGCUACGAGAACGUGCCGCUGAUCAGGAGCGGCUCGGGGUCGCCACCACCCUCGUACUCCCCCAGCAUGAGGGCUAACUACUUGUCCGUGACAGACAGCCAGGUCCGACACUUUGGCUCGGACUACCAGAUAUAAAGUCCUUCUUCUUCUCUUCAUCUUCUUUAAGGACUGUGUUACCACAGUAUCUUUUCUGAUGCCACAUCUCUCUAGUCAGCCAAUCCAUCCCUGGUUUUCAAGAAGAAAAUGGUGCACAAUCAGUGUGUAGACUGUUGUGGGGGGAUUUUACAAGCAGUAGUCAAGCUGACCAUUUUUACAGCAGUAUAUGAUCAUUUUGAACGUUGUCUUCAUCUUCCACCUACCAUGAGACUUUGACAACAUAUAGAUACAUACAAGCAAGAAAAUCAAGCUCUCCUUGGGAAACAGAGUGAAAACACAGUGUUUAAACAUAUCUUUUGGUGAGGCCAAACACUUCCAAAGUAUUCCCAUGUCCUGCAGGAAUUAAGCCUUUUUUGUUGAUGUAAAUUUUUCUCUUUUUUAGUUUGUUUUUGAUAGAAAUGUUAUUGAUCUUACUGUAGGAAUCUUUGUUUCACAAUUGAACAGCACAGAAAAAACUCUGAAAAAGUUAUUACAGGAUUUAUAAGGUUAAACAUCUCAAGAAGCAGCUUUUCAGAGGAAUCUUGUCCAUUGUGCCUCUGCUCGUUCCUCCUGAAGUGUGAUUUCACAGUUUUAGGUUUACUUUUCAUUCAAAGCCCAUACUGUGUUUAACAUAAGAUCUGUGGAGCUGCAGCAAAACUGCACUGAGAUGAAAACAACAGAGAUUAGUAUCACAGUCCCACGCGGACACACAGGCAGUUAAUCUUGUGUAGUUUUAAAAACUGGGAAGCCAGGCUGAGAAAGGAAAGGAAUCCUAGGUUUAUAUGUAACCAAAAGGGUUUGUGUAGAGGAAAUCGGAAGGAAAGCAGGCUGAUCCCAGAGUAAACAUCUUCCAGCUAUCCUCUGGCAGGGUCAUGUUGUAUAGUUAUUAGUAUCAAACUCAUCUUUCUGUCUAGUUCCUUUCAACCAAAGGUGUUUUGCAUUUUGUUUCUGCCCUAUAUGCCAGUCAUGGGUUUUCGUAUACAGAGAGGAUGUCUUCAUACAUGUACUAGCUGUGAACGCGGUAUUCACUGAGUUUAUUUUUAGAGUAGCAGCAGAUACAGCUAACUACUUGGGUAGGCCAGCUGGCAGCUGAGGAGAGGAAAACAAAAAAGCCCCGACUACAAAGAAGGGGAGAAAAGUAAACCUCUAGGGGUCCAAAUACCCUGGGCUGCCCACCUAUCCUGGGCAUUCUACUGUGGUGACAGUGGACCUGUGUGAAUAUGUCUUGGACAAAAGACAGGAGUCUCUCUGAAAACAAGCCAAGCAAGUCCAUACAAGACCGUCAGAUGAGUAUCCUCCACUUCAAUUCAAACUUUUUUCGCUAUGGCAACCACAUCAACGGUGAUCUUUGUCACAAGUGUGUCCGUCUCAUUCAUAAACAGUAUUCAGAGCCAUGUCGUUUACAUAUAAAUGCAGGAUUCCUUCCAUUUCUCAACCUGGCUUCCAGAUUCAAGCCUUCUGGGAUGAAGUUGCUGGAGCUGCUGCCAUGUGUGAAUGGUUUGGAUGUUAAUUUCUGUGAAUUUCAGUGAAGUGAAUUUUAUAAAAUAUGUCUGAAUGUUAACUACCAAGUGUCAUUAUGAAUAAAAUGAAAAGCUGUUCUUUU